ACAUAAAUUACCAUGAACGUUCUGCAGAGGAAAUUGAGUGAGUGAGUGAGAAAGGUAUUGAAAUGAAAACAAUGGCGUCGUUAUUCUCUGCAACUGCAACCGUUAUUCCUCGAAACCUCGCCGUGUCUUCUUCCGGCAAACGCUUUGUCGGCCACUCUCUUCUUUCUUCUUCUUCUCCGCCCUUCCUCUCAUUUCCCACUCCCAAAUCAAACCCUCGUAAUCGUCUCACCGUUUCCCUCCAAUCCCCACGCGCCCAAUCCAGCGCGUCAUCCUCUCCCUCCGCCACUUUCCACGGCCUCUGCUAUGUUGUCGGCGACAACAUCGACACGGACCAGAUCAUCCCCGCGGAAUACCUCACCCUCGUUCCUUCCAAGCCCGACGAGUACGAGAAGCUCGGCUCCUACGCCCUGGUCGGCCUCCCCGCCUCCUACGCCACGCGUUUCAUUGAACCCGGCGAGACCAAGACCAAGUACGCCAUUGUCAUCGGCGGCGCCAACUUCGGCUGCGGCUCCUCCCGCGAGCACGCGCCCGUAGCGUUGGGCGCCUCCGGCGCUGCCGCCGUGGUCGCGGAGUCGUACGCGCGGAUCUUUUUCCGGAAUUCGGUGGCCACCGGCGAGGUGUACCCGCUGGAGUCGGAGACCCGCCUCUGCGAGGAGUGCCGCACCGGUGAUGUUGUCACGAUCGAGCUCGGAGAGAGCCGCUUGAUUAAUCACACCACCGGGAAGGAAUAUCGGUUGAAGCCGAUCGGUGACGCUGGUCCGGUUAUUGAGGCUGGUGGCAUCUUUGCCUAUGCGAGGAAGUCCGGCAUGAUUCCCUCUCGUUGAGUUCUAUGUUUUCUUUUAGGGGAAGCUGGAAGCGUUCAUGGAUUUGUUGGAACCGUGUCACCUUUGGCAGCAGCAACUACCCGAUUAUUUGAGUAUUUGCAACUUAUUGCCUUCUCUAUGCAUAUUUUUUCUCGUAGUAUGCAGUUUAGACAUUUGACAGUUCUUCAGAUAGGCUACUACUGCUUUGUCUUUCUAAGGUGAAAUUAAUUUGGAUGAAGGAAGAUUAGUACUGUAGUUUGGCUUUAGAAUUAUUUUGUACUUGGGAAAUAUGAAGUUUUCCUCGAUGUCAAAGAUUGGAUGAAUGUUGCAUCAGCAGGAACUUUAUUAUAUUAUAGUUUUUAAUCCUUGCUUUGCGCA